AGGCCGCUGAUGCCAAACUCCUAUUUUCCGUCACACGACUUCUUUUUAACCAGAUUACGAAGAACCUAAGCGCGGCCGUCACGCUUCAUUACUUCCACGUCAUCACCAUCAUCAUUAACAUCUCUGUGCCAAUACUUAAACCUGCAAAUGGCUUCAACCAUCUUUCUCUUUCUCACAUAAACCAAGGCUAAAGAAAUUGAGAGCCAAAGAAUCGAAAUAAAUCUUAUUUCUGUGUUCAAGAUCAAAUCUUUUCUUUUCUUGGUGGGGGAGGCUGUCUGUAUUGAUCGCUCUUGAAUCUCUAGAUUCGGGGUUUGUGUGGCAAAGAAGGAUGUGGGGUUUUGGUGGAAGACACUAUUGGGGGAGGAAGGAUAGAGGUGUAGUGGAAGGGAUAGUGGUGGUGUUUGCUUGGAUGUCUAGUCAACCCAGGCACGUGAAGAACUAUGUUGAUCUCUACUCCUCUCUGGGUUGGAAUUCCCUCGUUUGCCACUCCCAGUUUCUCAAUUCGUUUUAUCCAGAGAAAGCUGCAGCUUUGGCAUUAGAAGUUCUGAAUGAGCUUGUUGAGGAGCUAAGAGUUAGGCCAUGCCCUGUUGUCAUUGCAUCUUUCUCUGGUGGCCCUAAAGCUUGCAUGUAUAAGCUACUUCAGAUAAUUGAUGGCAAAUGUGAAGAGUACAGUAAUUUGGGUUGUGAAUACAGUCUAGUUCGUGACUGUGUUGCGGGCCAUAUAUUUGAUUCAUGUCCAGUGGACUUCACCAGUGAUCUGGGAACUCGUUUUCUUCUUCACCCAACCGUUCUCAAAAUCUCUUCUCCUCCACCCCUCAUCACAUGGAUUGCAAAUCAAUCUGCUUCCAUUGUAGAUGCACUCUUCCUGAGAAGAUUUGAAGAACAACGUGCAAAUUACUGGCAGACUCUAUACGCUUCCAUUAGUCUGGGUGCGCCUUAUCUCAUUCUAUGUUCAGAAGAUGAUGAUCUUGCUCCUCUUGCAACUAUCCACAAUUUUGCUCAGCGGCUGAAGGACUUAGGGGGCGAUGUUAAUCUUGUAACAUGGAGUAGCUCACCUCACGUUGGGCAUUAUCGUCAUUACCCGGAAGAAUACAAAGCUGCAGUGGCAGAAGCUUUGUCAAAAUCCUGUUCAGUCUAUUCCCGAAGAGCUUUCCAACUCAAAAGUGUGAAGAUGACUAUGGAACACACCCGCGGUGAGAAAUCCAGCCUAAGAAAUGCUUCACAUCAAAGCGGCCCUUUGAUGCUGGGUUUAGUAGAGGAUUUUGAGGACAGAGAUCUCCUAUCAGUUUCUUACAAAGGUGAUGAACAAUCUAUAAAUAACACGCCUGCAUUACCACGGAUGAAUGCACACGGAGUGCUUGGUCAGAUUCUCUUUGAUGUUUGUUUGCCGAAGAACGUUGAGGGGUGGGAUAUAAUGAGCAAUGGACAAAGCCGUUCGCGUUUGACGAUGGACCGUAUCAAGUGUAUACGUCGUUCCAGGUUAUAAUAAUAUGAUUUGCUGAUUCCAGUUCAGGAUUGGCUAUAAGGAAGGUGAUGGAGCUGGGACCCGGGGAAAUGCUUGGAGCAUAUUUAGCCCUAAUUAAUGAUUAACUAUGUGUUGAUGAUGAUGAUGUGCUAACUUAUGACCCAAAUCCGGUGUCCCACAAUGCACUUGCUCUAAUCCUGGGGGUGAUAGUGAAUUUGUGAUGGUACUUACUAUAUUACUCCGUAGAUUUUUACUCAAUCUUUGUUGUCAAGCUAUAGGGAGCAUAAGAAAAUAAGAAAUGUUGACAGAUCUUUUGAUUCCUCCUGUCAUAAUUAAAUCACUUCUAAGAGUUAUGUAGGGCUUAAAGAAAAUAAUAAGUGUUGACAGAUCUUUUAUUUAAUAAUCGAAUUUUUAAAAGGGAACUCCAUUUCUUUA